AGCAGUAACAAAAACAAAAAUACGAAUUAUGACGCCAGUGCCAAUGACUGCAAUUGCAACUGGGCGUCUGCUGUGUGUAACAUGAGACGCUGAUCUGUGGUUGGCUGAUAACCCCCUGCCAGGGGUGUUGCAGUUGCCAACGGCUUGAAAACCUGUGCUAGACUCUAGUUCCAGUGUUAGCGUUCAGUCUGGCAGAGAAGCGUCUAGGGAACACACGUAAAACAUCGGACUUAAAUAAUAAAAACAAAUCUAAUCGACAAUGGGCAUUUUGCGAUUUUAUGAUGCAGCUGCAUUUGACGCUGCCGAGGAGCAGCGCAUGUUACAGCGCCUGCACAGCGUUGGCAAGGAUUUGGUGUCGGUAAAAAUGGAGCGUUGCUAUCAUUUGGAGUAUAACAAGGAUUUGUGCAAAUAUCCUUUAGCUUUGGAACAUUUGAUGAGAUGGCUGGUUAAGCAGCCACUGCAGAAGCGCUGCAGUCUCAAUGAGCGGCCAACACUUGAGGUGGAAAACAGCGAAUUGGAAAUGCUGGUGGAGAUUGGCCCACGCUUCAAUUUCUCCACACCAUACUCGACCAACUGCGUGAACAUAUUUCAAAAUCUUGGCUACACAGAGGUGCGUCGCAUGGAAAGUUCAACGCGUUAUCUGUUGACCUUUGCAAAACCUGCAUCUAGGGAGGUGGCUCAUUAUGUAACUCUGCUUGGCGAUCGCAUGACCCAUUGCCAAUAUACUUCAACGAAUACGCCGCAAGAGAGCUUCGACGAACAGCUGCCGGCACAGCAGGCCGCCUGGCAUUAUGUGCCAAUUCUUGCCGAAGGACGAGCUGCGCUGGAGCAAAUCAAUCGACAAUUGGGCUUGGCCUUUAAUGAUUACGACUUGGACUACUAUUACAAGCUGUUUGCUCAGACUCUAAAGCGAGAUCCCACCACAGUGGAGCUGUUCGAUUGCGCCCAGAGCAAUAGCGAACAUUCCAGACAUUGGUUCUUUCGCGGACGCAUGGUGUAUGAGGGUCAGGAGCUGCCCAGCAGUCUGAUCAGACUCAUUAUGGAUACACAGAAGAAUACGAAUCCAAAUAAUACCAUUAAAUUCAGUGACAAUAGCAGUGCUAUAGUGGGAUUCGAACAUGACGCACUGCAGCCGCGAGAGAUUGGCGCACCAGGAAUUGUGGAAUUACAGCGUGUUGAAUCGGAUUUGAUAUUUACCGCCGAGACGCAUAAUAUGCCCACAGCUGUGGCACCGUUCAGUGGUGCCACCACUGGUACCGGUGGACGUUUGCGCGAUGUCCAGGGUGUGGGCCGCGGUGGUCUGCCCAUAGCUGGCACCGCUGGCUACUGCGUGGGCGCUCUGCAUAUACCCGGUUACAGACAGCCAUAUGAACCGGUUGGUCUCAAGUAUCCCGGAUCAUUUGCACCGCCUCUGCAGGUGCUUAUCGAGGCAAGCGACGGCGCCUCGGAUUAUGGCAACAAGUUUGGCGAGCCACUGAUUAAUGGUUUUACCAUCUCCUAUGGCUUACAUAAUGCAGCUGACCCGAACAUACGUGAGGAGUAUGUGAAACCCAUUAUGUUCAGUGGAGGAUUGGGUACGAUGCCCGCUUCAAUGCGCCAUAAAAUAACACCCGAGCGUGGUCAGCUGCUGGCUAAGAUCGGCGGGCCGGUCUAUCGUAUUGGUGUGGGUGGCGGCGCUGCCAGCUCCGUGGAGGUUCAAGGCUCUGGCGAUGCUGAACUGGAUUUUAAUGCUGUGCAACGUGGCGAUCCAGAAAUGGAGAAUAAAUUGAAUCGUGUUGUUCGUGCCUGCAUCGAGCUUGGCGCUCAGAAUCCCAUCUUGGCCAUACAUGACCAAGGCGCUGGCGGCAAUGGAAAUGUGCUGAAGGAGUUGGUUGAGCCGGGAUUUGCUGGCGCUGUCAUCUUCUCAAAGGAAUUUAAGCUUGGCGAUCCAACCAUAACAGCUCUGGAGCUAUGGGGCGCUGAAUAUCAAGAAAACAAUGCCAUACUCUGCAAGCCCGAGGAUCGUCAAUUGCUGGAGAAGAUUUGCGCACGCGAACGUUGUCCCAUUAGCUUUGUGGGCGUGGUCACUGGCGAUGGUCGCGUUACAUUGGUCGAGCAAGCGGCACCGAAGGAUAUGCAGCAGGCUUUGCUGCCUGAGGCGCGUGAAAGCUACGGCAAUUCACCUUUCGAUUUGGAAUUGUCCUAUGUAUUGGGUGAUAUGCCUAAGCGCACCUAUGAACUGGCUGCCAUUGCUAAUCCUAGCAAGCAAUUGGAGUUGCCAAAGCAACUGGAGUUGGCAGACGCAUUGGAGCGAGUUCUAAGCAUCGUUGCAGUGGGCAGCAAACGUUUCCUCACCAACAAGGUGGAUCGCUGUGUGGGUGGACUCAUCGUCCAACAGCAGUGUGUGGGUCCACUGCAGGCGCCACUCUCGGAUUAUGCGCUGACAACUGUCUCGCAUUUUAGCAACUCGGGCAUAGCCACCUCCAUCGGCACACAGCCCAUUAUGGGCCUCCUCAGUCCCGUUAAUAUGGCACACAUGUGCGUUGCCGAGGCGCUUAGCAAUUUGGUCUUUGUUAAGAUUAGCGAUAUCGCGGACAUCAAGUGUUCAGGCAACUGGAUGUGGGCCGCCAAAUUGCCCGGCGAGGGUUAUAAGAUGUAUGAAGCUUGUUUGUCGCUCAGCAAUUUGCUGCAGCAGCUGCGCAUCGGCAUCGAUGGUGGCAAGGAUUCACUUUCAAUGGCAGCCAAAGUAGAUGGUGAGGUGAUCAAAUCACCUGGUACACUGGUUCUCUCCACCUAUGCUCCUUGUCCGGAUGUGCGUGUGCGCAUUACACCCGAUCUGAAGGGUCCGGCAAUGGGCAAAUCCAGCGCUUUGCUCUGGAUCAAUAUAGAGCAAAGCGCACGACUAGGCGGCUCAGCAUUAGCGCAAGCUUAUGCCCAGCAAGGCAAAACAACGCCCAACAUGGAACGCACAGAAGUGCUGAGCAACGCUUUUCAGAUAACCCAAAGCUUGCUGGGAAAAGGCGCUCUUCUGUCUGGUCAUGAUGUUAGCGAUGGCGGCCUAAUUGUGUGCCUGCUGGAGAUGGCAAUUGGCGGUCUGAGUGGACUGCAAUUGGACAUUAAGGAGGCAACAGCUGGCAUCUCUGAAUAUGAUGCAGUGAGCGGCACGAUUGGCGUUAAUAUGUGUCUCUUGUUCAGCGAAGAAUGCGGCUGGGUUCUGGAAGUAGAUGAAACUCAAUUGGAGCAUGUACGCUCUUGCUUCCAGGCUGCUGGUGUGCCCAAUUAUUAUUUGGGCCAUACAACUGGCUUUGGUCUAGAUGACGCACAGGUGCUCAUUAAAAAUGGUGCCAAAACGUUACUGAAUAAGCCACUGCGCCAGCUUUAUAGGCAAUGGGAACGCACUAGCUAUGAGCUAGAGAAGCUUCAGGCAAAUGUGGAAUGUGCAGAAUCGGAAUAUGAAAGCCUUAAUUAUCGUCAGGCGCCACAAUAUAAAGCACCUGCUCAAUUGCAAGCGGAGCUCGUCUUAAAGAGAUGUGCUCAGCCUAUACGUGUGGCUGUGCUGCGAGAGGAGGGAGUCAAUAGCGAAAGGGAAAUGAUGGCCAGUCUGCUGCGUGCCAAUUUCGAGGUGCAUGAUGUCACCAUGUCAGAUCUGCUUGCAGGCAGCACCACCUUGGCGCAAUAUCGUGGCCUCGUCUUUCCUGGCGGCUUUAGCUAUGCAGAUACCUUGGGCUCUGCAAAGGGCUGGGCAGCAAAUAUAUUGCACAAUGCCCUUCUACGACCCCAAUUUGAGGCAUUUAAGAAACGAGAGGAUGUGUUCUCGCUGGGCAUUUGCAAUGGCUGUCAGCUGAUGACAUUGAUUGAUUUCGUGGGCAGCAUCAAAGAUGAGGAUAAAUCACCUGUUGUACCUCAGCUGGCAUUGCUGCACAAUCGUUCGCAACGUUUUGAGUGCCGUUGGUCAACAGUUCGUAUACCGCCGAAUCGUUCUAUAAUGUUGAGCAAUAUGCAGGAUUUGGUGCUGGGCUGUUGGGUUGCUCACGGCGAGGGCCGAUUCGCAUUCAAGCACGAAGAACUGCUCGAGCAGCUGCAUAACGAACAGCUUGUAACGCUGCAAUACGUUGAUGAUGUGGGCGUGCCCACCGAACUGUAUCCCAUGAAUCCCAAUGGUAGUCCAAAAGGAAUUGCUGGACUCUGCUCUCCAGAUGGACGUCAUUUGGCAUUGAUGCCACAUCCAGAGCGCUGCAGCGCCAUGUAUCAAUGGCCAUAUGUGCCGCCUGGCUUUGAGGUACCCACCACACAAACCGAGAGUCCUUGGCAGCUAAUGUUCAACAAUGCCUACAAAUGGUGCACUGCAGACCAGGAAUAAUAAAGCUUUGGAAUAAACGUUUAUAAAACGAAACAAAGCUUUCCCAACAAAACUACUCAAAUAUUGUUUGGGACAUGCAGUCCUAAGUAUACGAUUUACUCUAUAAUUACUUUCUUCUAUUCCAAAUGGUUUUUAUAUUAUAGAAACUAAAUAUGCUUGUCUUUUAUACUUCCAGAUAUUCCAAAUUAAUUCUCCU